UUCCACCCGCCGCGCGUCGCCGCGACUUUCAAGCCCUCAGAAGUUCUGAAUCGGACACUGAACACAGCCUAACUGCAUCUGGACUGGAUUACAGGGGCAGUUCAGAAGAGAACGCGAGCCUCUCUGAAGUCACUCGGCGAGACUCGGACGGAAAGACACAAGGGACAGGGGCUAGCAUCUUUACAGAAAAAUGCCGGAGCAGAUUAGCGUUGGCGAGUUCGUCAGUGCCACUUGUGAGGAUCUCGCCUCCCCGUGCACUUCUGGCUUCACCUUACAGAUGGCCAACUGUCGCAACACGGUGACCGCUCUGGAAGAGUCUCUGGAAGGAGAGCAAGUGAUCUUGCAACGAAUGAAAAAAAUUGUUAAGGCUGUAAACUCCUCAGGAUUUGCUCACAUAGAAAAUGAAGACCAAUAUAUUGAAAUACUGGAGAACCUGGGCGACAGCCAUCUCUCUCAGGAAAACAAUGAGAUGUCAACUGGCUUCCUAAAUCUGGCAGUGUUUACUAAGGAAGUGACCGCUUUGUUCAAGAACCUGAUCCAGAACAUGAAUAAUAUCAUCUCAUUCCCCCUUGACAACCUUUUAAAAGGAGACCUUCGAGAUGGAAGGCUGGAGUCCAAGAAGUUGUUUGAGAAGAGUUGGAAGGACUAUGAGAUUAGAGGAUCCAAAAUAGAAAAGGAGCGCCGUGAGAAAGCCAAGCAGGGCCUGAUCAUUAGGACAGAUAUAUCUCCAGCAGAGAUUGCAGAGGACAUGGAGAAGGAACGCAGGGCUUUCCAGCUGCACAUGUGUGAAUAUCUUUUGAAAAGCCAGGAGCUGAAGAUCAAGCAAGGGCCAGAUCUCUUACAGAGUCUCAUCAAGUUUUUCCACGCCCAGCAGAAUUUUUUUCAGGAUGGUUUAAAAGCAGCCCAAAAUCUUGCUCCUUUUAUGGAAAAGUUAGCUGCAUCAGUGCGCACGGUUCGUCAGACUCUGGACGAAGAGGUAAAGCAGCUGUCUCAGCUCCGAGAUUCCCUGAGAAGCCUUCUUCAACUUGAAAACAAAGAGGAAAACUUGAAUCGUAAGAAUUCUGGGAAUGGAUACAGUAUUCAUCAGCCUCAGGGUAACAAACAGUAUGGUACAGAAAAAUCAGGAUUCUUACAGAAGAAGAGUGAUGGGAUACGAAAAGUCUGGCAAAAGAGGAAGUGUGGCAUCAAAUAUGGCUACCUCACAAUAUCACACAGUACAAUAAACAGAGCACCAGCUAAGCUGAACCUUCUCACUUGUCAGGUGAGGCCCAAUCCAGAUGAGAAGAAGUGCUUCGACCUCAUUACACAUAACAGAACUUAUCAUUUCCAGGCAGAGGACGAACAAGAGUGCCUGGUCUGGAUGUCAGUGUUGCAGAACAGCAAAGAAGAAGCCCUCAAUGCCGCUUUCAAGGGGGACCAAGGCCAGGACCAAGACCAGAGCAUAAAGGAGCUUACUCGCUCAGUCAUUGUGGAGGUCCGGCAGAUGCCAGGCAAUGAAGUGUGUUGUGACUGUUCAGCUCCAGAUCCAACUUGGCUUUCUACCAACCUUGGCAUUCUGACGUGUAUAGAAUGUUCAGGCAUUCACCGAGAGCUUGGCGUUCACUACUCCAGGAUACAGUCUCUUACACUUGAUGUCCUUAGCACUUCUGAAUUGCUUCUUGCUUUUAGUAUUGGGAAUGCAAGAUUUAACGACAUUAUGGAGGCCACUCUGCCAAAUGACUUUACAAAGCCUAUUCCAAAGAGUGACAUGAAUGCCAGGAAGGAGUAUAUUGUCACUAAGUAUGUUGAUCGAAGAUAUAUCCGGAAAAACAAUAGUGAUGAUAUAUAUCGCCUUUACAACACAGUAAGAAGUCAAGAUAUAAAUAUGUUGCUGCAAAUCUAUGCAGAAGGGGCGACCCUGGCAGCACCCGUUCCAAUACCAGAGGGGCAGGAUCUUGGUGAAACAGCUCUACAUUUAGCAGUGAAGCAGGCUGAUCGGAGUGCCCUGCCGCUUGUCGACUUUCUCAUUCAGAACAGUGGGAGCAUAGAGAAGACGACGACAGAUGGGAGCACAGCCCUGCACUACAGCUGUCAGCUGAACAAAGUCGAGUGUGUCAAACUACUGCUGAAGGGAAAAGCCGCACUGCAGGCAACUAAUAAUGCUGGAGAAACCGCCUUGGACAUUGCUAAGAAACUGAACCACACAAGAUGCACAGAACUGCUGGAGCAGGUCCUGGCUGGGAAAUUUAACUCUCAGAUCCAUGUGGAAUAUACUUGGGAAGCUCAGCAGGAUGACUUCUAUGACAGUGAAGAUGACUUAGAUGAAAAGAUUAGUCCACUUCAGAGGUCACAGAGAUCACAGAUGUCAGGUGGAAAAGCGUCUCAUCGGUGGAGUUAUGUGAACACCUGCGUCACUAAUAAGACCUACGAGAAUAUUGAGUUUCUCAAAACGGGGUCCUUUCAGGGCUCGCCUUUGGAUGGUGUGCCGCCUCCUCUGCCUGUCAAAAGCAUUCAGCGAGGUCGAUCAGAUCCACUAAUAUCCUCACCUUCUUAUGAGUGCCAACUUCCUGUACGACGCCCCUCAAAUCCAACAUCACAUCCUGGAUAUGAGAACUCAAACUCCCAAGUUUCACCAGGCCACCUCAGUCUCAGUCAGCCAGAUGGUCCGGUGUGCCGCCGAUCCUCUGCCCCCAAGAGUGCUGGAGAGCCUGCUUGCCGGCUACAUAGGCAGACUGCUUUCUGGGACAGUACAGUACAACCUGAAUCCCGGAGAAAUGGAACGGAUCAGACCCAUCUUGGACCUAUCAGCUCAGAGAAGACCACAUCAUACAGGCGAAGUAGUGGUGGGAAGAGUCCUGCAUCUUCACCACAAAGUCCUGGAAGUUUGGAAGAACUGUACAACGCAUCCUUAGGACCAGGAUAUGUAACGUCAAUGCCAAUACCUCCAUCGAGGAAGAACAUGCUGAUGAAAGUAAGGCUGAAGAGAGUUAAGGCACUAGUUGACUGCAAAACUGAUAAUCCUGAAAUGCUCACCUUUUAUAAAGGAGAGGUGAUUAUUGUGACUGCGACGGAUGACCCCAGCUGGUGGGUAGGUCAUAUUGAAGGAGAUGUAACCAGAUCAGGCUCCUUCCCCAUCAGCUGCGUCCAGAAUGUAUCAGAAUAGCCACCGGAGUAUGAAAGGAGAUUUUAAGAGAUGUUUAUGCAUCAUUGCUGGACAGUGAUGUGGAAUUGAAGCAGCACCUCACAGUGCCACUUCUCAAAGUAUUGACGUGUCACCUAAUUGCUGCUCGAUAAGGGACCAGCUGCGUGGAAAACCAGUGUAAACCUUCUAUAGUUUAAUUGAAGACAACUUCAUUACAAGUAAGAUGACAAGCCGUGAGUUGUUUGAAAUGAGCUCUUCAUAUGGUACAACCUUUCACGGUCUCCAUUUGUUGGUCCUGCUAGCAGCAUGGAGAAGGAAACUUCAGUGAGACUUUGUCAAGGUCUGCUUAAGGAUUGAGUUAGCCGGACACUGCCCCUUUUUCUCCAGGGAUUAUCAUUGCUUAAUGGACUUGUAACCCUAAGAGCAAAUAUGGAACCACAAGGAACACCAAUGAAUCUGUCAGUGUCUUAGGAGAAAACACAGAAAAACUCCAUGGGAGAACUGAGAUGUCUUUGGCUAGUGUGUUAUUACCAGUCCCGUGUAACCACGUGUUUCAUGUAAAUAAGAAAUAUAUUUUAUUAUAUAUUAGGAUAGACUGCUGACAUGACUCGUCUUGGUGACCAAGCUGUACAAUUCAGGAUCUCCUUUGCUCACAAUGAAUGGCAGCAUGGUGGCUGCAUUUUUGGCGAAGACUGUGGUCUACCAUUUGGCAGAAUGCAGUGUGGGCAGAAUGAAUCAAAUGAAUGUAAUGGCCAGGUUUGAAUGGCAAGCUGAAACAAAUUUUUGGAUGAAUAAGUGCGGCUAAAUGAGACAAAAACCCUUUUCGACGGAGUGAAGAUCAUUUCACCAUAUGGAGAUAUUCAGUGAGUGUUUUGUAGGAUUUUGCUAUUUGGUUUCCUGCAUUUUACGAUGAAUGCCUGUAGCUUGGGAGGGUCACUUUUUUUUGUAACAUUUUAUAAAUAUACAGGUGCAUUUUUGGGUGUCGUCAGCGUGAUUUAUGAAGGAUGGCAACCAUCUAUCACAAAUAUUCUAUGUGUGAAAACCGCAAUGAGCUUUGAGCUUAGCACGAUCAAUAAAGAGGCACAGUGUCA